AUGGGGCCGCCCCGCUACACGGGCGCGCACAUGCCGCGCACACGGCGCCGGGCAGCCGCGGUGUCACCUGCUCGCCGGCAGCGCCGGACCCACGCCCUGCGCGGCGCGGAGGGCCCUCCCGGGGCGGGCCGGGCCGGGCGGAGCGCGGGCGCGGUGGGCCGGGCGGGUGCCCUGGCCCCGCCGGGCCCCCGCGGCCCCCGACGCGCGGCGGCGCCCGGGGCGCGGGGCGGCCGAGAGACGCGGGCAGUGCGGGCCCGGGGCGCGCCCCCGCGGGCCGGGGAGGGGGAGAACGAUCUCGGCCGAGGGUGGCGGCGGAGCGGGGUCACGGCUGCUCCGCUCCCCGGUCCGAGUCCCGCGCCGCUCCUGACCCGACGGCUGCUCCUGGCUCCUGCCCUGUCCGGGGUAGGUAGCAGCGCGCGUCCAGCGCCGGGCCACGGGCAGGUGGCGGCGGGACCCUCCCUCGGGGCGCCCGGCCCGGCGGCGACGCGGGUCUGUCCCGGGGGGGACGGCGGCGCGACCGGCCCCGGCGGGGACGCGGAGCGGGGCGCGGGGGGUUGCACCUCUGAACGGCGGCUCCGAACCGUCGCGGCGGGGCUGCGGGCGGGAGAGCUCGAGCAGAGCAGCGGCCUGAGGGCUGCGGAUGCUCCCUCGGCGGCGACCCCGCGCCCGCUCCUGUGGCAGCGCUGCCCGCUCGGGUUGGCCGCUAACGCGUUUGAACGCGCAGGGACUCGACUAACGCAGCCCCACCUCCCCGCGGCUUCCUUCGAAUUCUCCGUUUAUUUGCAAGGCACAUCUCCUUGUUUUGGGUUAAUUUUGAGAGUCGAACAACGAACGCAGCCGAUCCCGAUCCUGCCCUUCCCAGACGAGGCAGGAGGAAGGAGCAUCGGUUUAACGAACAGUGGCCGAACCCGCGGAGGAGCCGCCGCGCCGAACGCGCUGCACCAAAUCUCCGCCGGCCUCCGGGACGAGCCGCCCGGUCCCCGCUCCUCGCCCGUCGGUCCCGCCCCGGUGCACACGCACGCGGGUAGCCGGCGCUGCGGGGAGCGCAGCGGGACCCCGGCGGUGUGCGGGACAGAACGGCGCGUGACCCGGGGGGGCCGCGGGCGUCUUGGCGCGAGGGCAGGGUGGCGCCGGGCGUUUUCCGCCUGGACUCUGCACCUCGCUGCCCUGCGGAGCCCCGACCUUCCCCGCUCGCCAGCCGAACGCCGAAGCAUCGGUGCAGGGAAAAACGCUCACGGCAGGAGCACUGAGGGAGCGCCGGGGCACGGGGCCGCUGGCACGGCAGACAGCUGCCGAGGUUCGGCACCGCCACAGAGGCCGGCGGGCGCCCCUCUGGCGGACUCGCUACCGGUUGCCCGCGGAGCUCCCCAUGCUCCCCAGAACCGGGCGCUCCCCAGACCGGCUCUGCAGCCCGCAGCUCCGACGGAGCCUCCGGCGGCGGCACCCGCCGCCCGGUGCCUCCCUGUCGCCAGGCCCCUGCCCCCGGCCGCCGUCGUGCGGGGCAGUCCCACUACCUGGCCCCGCUGGCUCGGUAGCCCCGGUGGAGCGGUUCCGGCCCAGGAGGAGCCGCCGCCGGCCACGCAUGGAGGCAACUGAUCCAACCGACUCUCCCCGCCUCGGAAGGAUGGAUGUGAACGAGCUGCGAAGUGUAGUUACCAAUAACAAUAACAAUAAAUUAUCGGGCUGUUGCUCAGUAGCGCAAACAAAUGCUUCGUGAACCACGCGGAGCCUCUCCGUGCACCGCAGCCGCCCUACUGGGACCGGCCCGUCCACCGACCGGCUGGGCCCUAGCCCCGGGAAGGGACCCUGUUCGCCCGGCGGCCUCACGGAGCAGGCCGCCCGAUACUAUCUCUGCGCUCUGUUCCCG